UCUAGCAGUGACAGUUUAAUAAUUAAAGAAAUCUUCAAAGAAAAGGAGAGAAAAAAAAAUUUUCAUUCAACAUGUCCAAUUAUAUCUCGACCUCUCAUUUCCUUCGAUGCCUACAAGUCUCCAAUAGGACUGACGGGGAAAUUUUAAGAAUGUGUAGCAUUCUGAGAAUGCUAAUUGAGGACAGCCCGAGGCCUGAGAAAGGGGUUGCUCUUUUGGUGGAGUUUCGGCGCAUCUCAGGACUUCCCAUGCCCAUCGUUCUUGAGGGCAUGAUUACCGAGUACAAUACGGCUCGUUCCCGACGGGUCCACGAUUAUCUCUCCCGUGGAGCACCUGCACGGCAUUUCAAUGACCCCUACCCUUACUCUCAGGACACUUUUUUGAUUGAUGAGCUGUGUUGUGGUCUCUCAGACUUGGUGAGCUCAAGUAAGGAGUAAUUUGUUUUUUUUUUGAAUUAGUUAAAAUUAGAAUUUGUGUAAAACAAGUGAAUAUAUAUGUAGUGAA